UAUAGGGAAAAGGACAGGCAAAAGCUAUUCUGGGCUUGUGCAAAAGCACCUUGCACAAUGUUGUUCAAUCUUUCAAGGGCCAAGUUAGCACAAUGCACACCUGAUGGAGCAAGGGAUGUUAUGAACACAGACCCACAACACUGGAGCAGGGCUUGGUUCAGGUUAGGAAGUUGUUGUGAUUCUGUGGACAACAACAUUUCUGAAACUUUUAACAAAUGGAUAGUUGAGGCUAGAUUAUAUCCUGUGAUAACAAUGUUCGAAACAAUUAGGCAACAAAUUAUGAUCAGGAUACAAGAAAUGAGAAGUGAAAUGGAAAGUUGGACUGGCAUCAUCUGUCCAAAAGUACUGAAGAAGCUACAGAAAAGCAUAGAUUAUUCUGCUUAUUGUCAUGCAUUUUUUAAUGGCAAUGAUGCAUAUGAAGUGAAGACAAGAGUACAUAGGUACACUGUCAGAUUGCAUGACAGGACAUGUAGUUGUAGGCAUUGGCAGUUGUCAGGCCUUCCUUGCUCUCAUGCCAUCAGCUGCAUACACUGCACUACAAACAAAUUGGAUGAUUACAUUGCUGAUUGCUACAGAGUGGAUAAUUUCAAAAAAACUUAUGCUUAUUGUCUUCAACCUCUUGAGGGAAGAGCUGCAUGGCCUGUGUCUCAGAGACCAAAACCAAAAGCACCUGGGCACAUCAAUAUGCCUGGUAGGAAAAAGAAGUGUAGAACAAGAGAAGAGGAAGAAAAACCAAAGACUAGCAAAGUUAGCAAGGUUGGCACAGUGAUCAAGUGUAGCUUGUGCAAGCAAAGUGGACACAACAAAACAACUUGCAAACAAAGAAAUGGAGUGCCUAGUGCUAGUGCUCCAUCUGCUUCUGCUCCUAGUGGUACUGCUCCACUUUCUGCUACGCCUAGUGCUCCUAGGGGAAGUGCUCGUCCACCAAGUGAAGCACCUGUUCUGAGUUCACAACAAAGCACUUCACACAAAAGAAGGGCCACCGUGGAGAUGGCACCACCAAGACAAGCAAAGAGAAGGGCGCCAACUAAUAACAACAGUAGGUCAAAUAAUUUCUCUGGAAAUACCUUCAAUGUACAUGGAAGCUCGAAUGUGAAUGUCAAUGUUUGCACUGGUACUUCUCGCGCGACAACUAGCAGCAAAGUUACCAAAGAGAGGAGCAGUAGCAAUGGCAGUAACAAAGGCAAGGGGACUGGCAAGGCCAAAUAUGCUCGGUUUCGAAGCUUGCUGGGAUUUGAAAAUUGAGAGUUAUUUGUGUGCUUGUGAGGUUUGGGUGUCGAUCAGACCUAUCUAUGUGAGACAUAUGUGUCAGACCUAUUUGUGAGACCUUUGUGUGUAUCAGACCUAUCUAUAUGUAUGUGAGACCUAUGUAUGUGUGUUUCAGACCUAUAUAUAUGUAUAUGUGACCA